GGGAGAGACACUGCACCAUCGCUUUCACAAUCAUGUGUCUGCACCGGUGUCUCAAAGCAGAUGAUCCUUUUCCAGAGCACACAGUGUAUCUUGCGGGAAGGCAAGAUUAUUGACAUGCCACAGCGACCAUCCGUGCGCCGGCGCGGAAUUGGCAGGCGCCUGUCGAAACACAAGAUAGACCGCAUUCGGUGUAUCUGCGGCCGGGUUCGAUCUGAAAUGCACAUGAGUUUUGG